AUGGUAAAGGGUACUGGUUGUCCAGUCAUGGUGAUUGUCUCGGCUUUUGAUGAAUUGAUUCUAGAUUGUGUUCUUUGUAAGGUUGAAAAUAUGUCAUUGGAGAGCAAUUUAGUAGAAAACAUGAAGAACAUGUCACUUGAGAAUUGGGAUCCAUUUUAUUGGGCAGCUCAAUCAUGUCCUGUAUUAAACAGCCCAGUAGAUUGGAAAGAAACACCAAAGAAUCAUCUCUUUAUAGUUGAUCUUCCCGGUGUUACGAAAGAUGUCAAGAUAGAGGUGUUGGAAGUUCUUGAAGGUCCCCAAAUAUGUGGGGAUAGAGGUGGUGCCUCUGAUCACCGGGAGGCGGGUUCCGAGGCUGCCAAAGACGGGGAUAAAUGGCACCGGAUUGAGCGAAGCAGGGGUAAGUUCUGUAGGAGAUUCCAACUGCCAGCGAAUGCUAAGGCUGAUGAAGUUAAGGCUAAUAUGGAGAAUGGUGUGCUUAAGGUGAUUAUUCCUAAACAAGAGAUGAAGAAUCCUGACAAGAAAGUGAUUGAGAUUGAAGAGAAAUAAUGAGAUGACACUAUAAGGUCUUGGUUUGAAAUCGAUAAUCUUGCAUUGUAGAAUAUAUGAAAAAUAAUAAAGAUGCUGAUGUACUGUGAUAUAAUAUAAUGUGUCGAGUGUUUG